AUGCAGUUCUUUGCGAUGUCACUGUCCUUGGUUGGCCUGGGCAUAACAUUCCUCGUGAUUCGAACAGUAUAUCUGAACUCGAAAUCGCCAGUGCGUGAUAUACCUGGACCAUUCUUAGCGAAAUACACGGACUUCUGGCGACUAUGGGACUACUACAAAGGCACACAGGGCCAGGAGGAACGCACUAUUUCUCUGCUUCCUUCCACGCUUUUAACGGAGACUAGGGGCUCUAGUAUCGACUCUGAAAUAGUGUGCAAUGGAAUGGGCGCGCUCAGGACGGCCAAAACUGUCCCGGUCAGAGGAUGA